UUGGAGGCUUUUAUUUACAGUCAAAGUCGAUUUUCGGUUUUACUGGUGUUAGAGCUGUUUUAAAGAGGAAAUGGCAAUUUAUUUAAGAACUCAUAUUAUACGUUUUAUUUUGUUUGUAUAUGGACUGAGAACUGUACAUUGUAGUAUUGAAGUAGAAAAAGAUCAAACGCUAUCGAACCGUAUACAAGAAGCUUUUACUGAAAUGAGGACGCUUCACCAUGCAUUAGAAAGUAUACUGAAUGUGCUACCAGACAAAGGAUGUCAGCAGUGCUUCAUAACUCUACACGACCGUGACUCAAACAAAAACCAAACUUUGACUGAUCAUCUGAAGGAAAGUAGAGAUGAAAACGCGACCGUAAAUGAAGAUAAUGGUAAACAGUCGGAGGUCAGUUCGCAAGAUUUCAACGACUUCUUGCAGCGUCUUGGUAAAUUAGAACAGUCUAUCUUAGAGAAAGUUGACGCCAGACUUGCAUCGCAUCCUUUGAAAUUUAUAAAAGGGGUAAAAGGGGAGCCCGGAAUUCCAGGAAUCCCGGGAAUUCCAGGAAUGAGGGGAGACCGAGGAUAUCCUGGAGUUAAUGGAGCAUUUUGCCUGAAAGGAAAUCGUGGACCACCUGGUAUUACUGGAAUUCCUGGACGAAAAGGAGAGCCGGGAGAUACAAAAGUCGGUCAUCUUGAAUUCAACUGGAAAAAGUAA